ACAAACUUUUAUCAUUUAUCAGUCUCAAUUCACUCAUUCAAAAUGACUGAUUUCUCGUACUUUAUCGUGGUUCACACAUUAGUGUUGUUGCUAAGUCAAGGUGAAGCGGCAAAGAUACUAGUUUACAUCCCCACUCCGUCCAUCAGUCAUCAGGUAGUAUUCCGGCCGUUGACGCAAGCACUGGCAGCCAGAGGUCAUGAGGUCACCGUCGUCACAACAGACCCUGCGUUCCCAAAAGGAGGUGCACCCCCAAACUUAAAAGAAAUUGACGUCCACGAUAUAUCUUACAAUAUAUGGAGAACAGAAGUAAUGAAAGCGUCACGAGGUGAAGAAAUAGACGACAUAUUAGCACCGAUGAGUGUAAUGUUAUAUGCCGUUGAAAAAGCAUUUGAGGCCCAACUACAACACCCAGAGGUUCAAGCUUUAAUAAAAGGCACAAAUAAUAAACAUUUUGACUUGCUGAUUGCAGAAGCCCAUAUGGCAAUGUUGCUGGCAUUUGCUCAUAUUUACAAGACGCCAGUUAUUCAAGCGAGUUCACUAGGAGCCUAUUUUGGGAAUUAUGAAACAGUGGGAGCACCAACGCAUCCAUUCCUGUACCCGCAUGUUAUGCGACGAAAAUUGAAUAACCUCUCAGUUUGGGACAAGGUGACAGAAUUAUAUGAUCAGUACAGACUGGAAAAGCUGAUUGCAGAUGCACAGCCGGGUGAAAAUGCUUUAGUAGAAAAAUAUUUUGGACCAGGCAUCCCUCCAGUUUCGGAAUUGCUCAAAAAUGUUGACAUGCUGUUUUUGAAUGAAAAUCCCAUAUUUGGAGAUGUAAGGCCUGUACCGCCAGCAGUUGUGUUCAUGGGUGGUCUUCAUCAAAAUCCUGAAAAGGAUCUUCCUAAGGACCUUAAAACAUUCUUAGAUUCAUCUAAACAUGGCGUAAUAUACAUCAGCUAUGGUACCAAUGUGGAUCCUGCACUUCUACCGCCGGAGAAAAUACAAGCGAUGAUAGAGGUGCUGUCUCAACUGCCUUACGAUGUCUUGUGGAAGUGGAGCAAGGACGAGCUUCCUGGGAGAACACCAAACAUCAGGAUUUCCAAGUGGUUGCCACAAUCAGAUUUACUCAAGCAUCCCAAAGUCAAAUUGUUCAUAACUCAAGGAGGACUACAGUCCACAGACGAGGCUAUUACCGCAGGAGUUCCCCUUAUAGGCAUGCCCAUGAUAGCUGAUCAAUGGUACAAUGUAGAAAGAUAUGUAGCCCACAAGAUUGGAGUCAGACUCGACAUGGAAACUCUAACGGAAGAGAACUUCAAGAAUGCUAUUAAUAAAACCAUUGGAGAUGACAGUUACCGAAAGAACAUCGUGCGUCUCCGGAACAUCAUUCAAGAUCAGCCCCAAAAGCCUUUGGACCGGGCCGUAUGGUGGACGGAAUACGUCAUCCGUCACGGCGGAGCUAAACAUUUACUCUCACCAGCUGCCCACAUCACAUGGACAGAGUUCCUUGAACUCAAACUAGUAUUUACACUUCUAGCAGUAUUUUUGACCGCUAUCGUAACUUUCCUCCUAGCUUUAUAUCUAGUGUUUAAGUUUGUUCGGAGUUUUUUGAAAGGUAGUGUAAAAGUGAAGAGGUCGUAAAAAGCGUUGUGUGUUAUAUGUAAAUGGUUUUAGUACUUUGUUCUCAAAAUAAGGAUUGAUAUUAAAAUUGGUAUGGUCUUGUGACUAAAAACAAAUGUAAAUCAUUGAGUUUUAAUUAUAGAAAUUAUUUUAUUUUAUGGUGA